UAAAAUCAAGACCGCAUUACCGUUAACGCGGACUGAUACCAACUUUCUCCCACCCGAAACUGUCGUCAACAAUGACGCAUUAAAAGACCCUGGUAUUCAACACAACAUGGUCGCCAUCAUGUCGGAAGGGAGAGGCUAUAACUGUUGUUGUGGUUUGCUAGUGGUAUUUAUUAGUCUUGCCUCUAAUUCUGCUCAAGUGACCUUCAAGUUGGUCAACACUACCACCCCAGUGUCUUCUAACAGUACCAUGUCUACCGUAACACCUGCGAUCACACCUACUGGGGAAGUGGACUGCAGCAGCCAUAGUUCAUGUGAUGAAUGCAUCAGGGAUGUGAAGUGCUAUUACUGCCUCAAGGACAACUUCUGUCGCAUGUAUCCAGCCUGUAGAGUUCUACCCACGUCGGAGUGUCCGCUGUCCGAGGUUCGGUGGGGAGCCACGUGUGACGGUGCGUAG